AUGUUUGUUCGUCAGUCGUUACGAAAAUUACCCCAGUUGACGCAACGGCAUACUGCCACAGCAGCCGCAAAUGCCUCAAGUGAAGCGGCACGCGAAUCUUUAGUGCCGACUGAUUACCGCACCAAUGAAGCAAAUACUAAGGCCCACAAUAAGGUUCAUGAGGCAAAAUUCUACAGCAUACCUUUGGAAACUAAGAAACAAAUAUUCGGUGGUGGCGGUUUCCCAAAACAAUUCGAUCAGCAAGUGAAAACAUUCACUGAAGCCUGUUUGAUGGUUAGACAGCCAGCCUUGGAAAUCAUUGAUUACAUUCGCAACACGGAUUUCAAUAAGCCCACAGUACGCUAUGUCCUCUAUGGAGAAGAUGGUGUUGGCAAAUCCCUUAGUUUGGCACACAUUAUCCACUAUGGCCAUCAAAAUGAUUUCCUCUUGGUGCACAUCCCUUGGGUUGCCAAUUGGAUGAAACGUCCCAAAGAAACCACAAAUGCCGAACAACAAGAAGGUUUCAUCGAUCUGCCCUUUGAUGCUGCCGCUUGGUUGGUCCACUUUAAGAAUCAAAAUGCCAAGCUAUUGUCCACACUGGAUUUGAAAACUUCCAAAGAUUAUGUUUGGUCAAAACGUGAAUCCACCCCAGCUGGUAGCAAACUUGCCGAACUUGUCGAACAUGGUAUACAGCGUAUUAAAUUUGCUUCCGAAACUAUUGCCGCUUUGCUAAAUGAAAUCAAACAACACUCGACUGCCGGUAGAUGUAAAACAAUGGUGGCCAUUGAUGGUUUUAAUGCGUUCUUCCAUCCGGAAACACGUAUCUUAACCGAUAACAAACAAAAGGUUACCCCCGAUCGUAUAACCCUCACUAAACCCUUCUUGGACAUUACCAAUUACGACUGGACAAAUGGUGUAUGUGUAUUGACUGUGGAUAAGAUCGCCAUGACCGAAGGUUAUAUGGAUUCAUAUAUGCCACGUUAUCUAUUGGGUACACAAGGUUUUGAACAUUUAGAUCCAUUUGUUCCCGUACAUGUGGAUAAUUAUACCGACAAGGAAUUCCAUAGUUGUAUACAAUACUAUUUGGAUCGUCAUUGGAUACAAAAGACCCCAGAAGGGUUUGAAGAACAGCUGAAAUAUUUAAGCAAUAAAAAUCCCUAUGGUUUAAUGCGUCUAACGCGUUCCCUGUAGAUAAAUAU